CUUCUCCAUACAUUCUUAGGUAUUCUUCAUCGCAUCAUCUACGCAAGGGAUCCAUCCAUUCAUCCAUCUCCAUCUCAUCCUAACCAUCUAACCCAGUCGCUUACUAGAGAUCCAAUUCGCAACCCAACCAAGAAAGCAAAUCAAAGCAAAGCAAAGCAAGCACAGAAAAUGUCCGAUCCGAUCCCCUCCGCGCACCCCGACCCGGACGCCGUAGACCAAAAACUCCCCGCGAACGCCGAAGACCGCAAAGCCGCCGCCGCGCUCUCCUCGCUCAACACCAAUGAAAUCGCCGCCGACUCCGACUCGGCCGCCAAACCGCCCGCGUCGGCCGACCAGGAGGCACUGGGCAAGGCGAUGAGUCGGCUGGAGAUCGCCGCGGGGACCGGAGCGGCGGGCAAAGGCGGGGCCGGCGCGGCGCAGAAGAAAGGAAGUGCCGGUGAGGUGGUGAAGAAGCAGGCGGUUAAGGUGGCGGCGGAGGAUGUCACGCUUCUGGCUGAGGAAUUGGAGUUGAACAAGCUCAAGGCAACGGAGCUAUUGAAGCUGCAUGAUGGAGAUGCGAAGAAGGCGAUCAAGGCAUUUGUGACGCCGGCGGUAGCAGCUUGAAGCUGGCUUACUGGCCGAUUAAACCCCGUCCAUGUGUAUAAUGGAUUGAUGAACGUGAUGAAAUCGUAUAUUUUGAAAUCUAUCAAUGCAAUCAGAAAGCAAAGUGACCAAGG